CCGUGCACGCGUUCCCCGUCGACUCGAGUCGAAAAGAUGGUGGCCAGCGCUCGAGUGCAGAAGCUCCUCCGACGAUAUAAACUAGCGAUCGCCGCCGCAUUAACCAUCCUCCUGAUCCAAGGGCUGGUAGUAUGGAGUCUGAGAAGUCUGGAAGAGGGCGAGGCAGAGAGAAAAACACGACGGUCUAAGCUGCCAGACCACAACAGUCAGGACCCCAAGAGAGACGCAGCACUUUGGGAGAAACAAAACUCUUUGUCAGGGAAGAACAGGGGCAGAUGGAGCACCAGGUUGGAGAGGACAGGGGGCACAGCAGCCAGUGCGCUGAGGAGAGGAACCAGCCGGCGAGGAGGAAAGCCCAGCAUCAGGCUGAAGUCUCCUCAGGAGCGGGGGAUGACCGGGGCUGGAAUGGACAGUGUCAUUCCCCAUGACUUGUCCAGCAGCCGCAACUUCAGCGAGACCCGAGGAGGCACAGAUGGGGCGGCUAAGCUACCUGCUGCUGCCAUACCGGGGGAGCCGGGCAGCGUAGACGGUGCACACCAAGCUCCCAGCAGUGACUUUGUGCCUAAAUGUGAUAUCAUAGGCAAGGACGCUCUGUCUGCCCUGCAUCGCGCCGGGUCACAGCAGUGCCGACAGGAGAUCGCCAACAUCGUGUGCCAGCAUCAGGCUGGUCAGCUCAUGCCCGACGCACUUCCUCAGUUCUGCCCCCAACUUGGUGUAUCAAAUCCAGUUCAGGCCGCUGGCGAGCUGGACAACAGCCUAUCCAAAGUGGAGAACCCUGUCAGGGUGGCUUUUGUUCUGAUGGUCCACGGCCGUGCUGUACGGCAGCUCAAGCGCCUCAUCAAAGCCAUAUACCACCGUGACCACUACUACUACAUCCAUGUGGACAAGCGAUCCGGCUACAUGCAUCGAGAGGUCCUGCAGAUAGCCCAGCAGUUCCCAAAUGUGCGUGCCACGCCCUGGAGGAUGGUCACCAUCUGGGGUGGUGCCAGUUUACUGAAGGCCUAUCUUCGCAGCAUGCAGGACCUGCUCUCCAUGCUGGACUGGAAAUGGGAUUUUUUCAUCAAUCUCAGCGCCACAGACUUCCCCACCAGGACCAAUGAUGAACUGGUGGCUUUCCUGUCGCAGCACAGAGACAAGAACUUCCUCAAGUCACAUGGAAGAGAGAAUGCCCGGUUUAUUAAGAAGCAGGGCCUUGACCGUCUCUUCCAUGAGUGUGACAACCACAUGUGGCGUCUCGGGGAACGCAACAUCCCAGAAGGCCUGGAGGUCUCAGGUGGCUCUGAUUGGUUUGCGCUCACCCGCCGCUUCGUGGAAUACGUCAUCAACUCCCAGGAUGACCUGGUGUCAGGGCUGAAGCAGUUCUAUUCCUAUGCUCUGCUCCCCGCUGAGUCUUUCUUCCACACGGUGCUGGGGAACAGUCAUAUGUGUGACACCCUGGUGGACAAUAACCUGCGUGUCACCAACUGGAAUCGUAAACUGGGCUGUAAAUGCCAGUACAAGCACAUUGUCGACUGGUGUGGCUGCUCUCCCAAUGAUUUCAAACCGCAAGACCUCAUCCGUAUUCAGCAAUUGACCAGACCAACAUUCUUUGCCCGUAAAUUUGAGUCAACAGUAAACCAGGAGGCCAUAGACAUCCUGGACACUCACCUCUAUGGCCAGUACGCUCCGGGCACCAUCGCCAUCAAGGCAUACUGGGAGUCCCUGUUUGAGCAGUUGGAUGGCGUCGGCUCUCUCAGUGAUGUGGCUCUCACUGCUUAUACUUCUUUCUUUCGCCUGGGCCUGAAGAAUCUGGCGACCACUCAGAGCAAUGUGGAGGCCUGCAGGUUUGAACCAGUGGGCUACCCUCUGUUGGUACACUUGUACUUUUAUGAUGACCGUUUCCAAGGGUACCUGGUGCGUCAGGAAGCCCAGGCUGUGGGGUCAAAGGUCAGGGAGACACUGGAGAUGUGGGCAGUGCCCCAGGCCUCCCUCGUCCUCGAGACGAACCUUAAAGAGUUUGAAAGGCUCAAGAAUCUGGAAAUUGGCACAGAGUGGGAUCCUAAGGAAAGGAUCUUCCGUAACUUUGGUGGGGUGAUUGGGCCUUUGGAUGAACCCUUAGCAGUCCAAAAGUGGGCCCGUGGUCCCAACCUCACAGCCACUAUUGUGUGGCUUGACCCAGCUCUGGUGGUGGCAGCAUCAUACGACAUUACAGUGGAUGUGGAUGCUGAGUACACCCAGUACAAACCGCCGCUGCAGCGCCCCCUGCGGCCUGGGACCUGGGUAGUACGGGUGUUAAAGCAAUGGGAGCGCGUGGCAGAAGUUCGCUUUCUUGUCAUGCCGCUAACCUUCAAAGAUAAGGAGCCACUACGCAAAGAAGAGGACAGCUGGCUCCAUGUAGGUCCUCCAGGGAAUCAGUACCUGGAGCAGAGUUUCCAGCAGCUGAGCUCCAUGUUGAAGCUGCCUCCCCAGGAGUCUGCCAUGCAGGAGGCCCAGCGUAACGCCCAGCUCGUGGGCCAGGCUCUUGAAGCUUGGGUGGACAGCAGUGUGAGGAACUUCUGGGUCACAGGUGACCUGUGCACCACGCAGACUUCAUCCUGCCCAGCACUGGGACCUUGCUCCAAAACCUCCUGGAGCUCUCUGUCCCCAGACCCCAAGUCUGAACUGGGCCCAGUCAAAAGUGAUGGGCGGAUCAGGUAGCCCCAAGAGAGGAGGGACUGUAGACUUUAACACAUACACAGGAAGACUGAGAGAGAGCUGGACCUACACUGGAGAGCUCCAGCAGAACCUGUGUGAACCGGAUAUUGUCCCCAAGGUCUGCUCAGAGCUCAAGGGCACAUAAACAGGAAACUUCCUGCACUGAGGAGUCAAGAUAUCCUUAGUGAAGUAAUUGGUAAUAUAGACUUAAAAGAAGAGGAUAUGACUGCUGGAAAAUUUGCACAUAGAAGAUUGCAAGCGGAAAGCUCUUGUGUCAUUGUUUGCUCAAUGGUUCCAUGGAUGACAGAUGUAUUGUUGUGUUAUUUUGCUGGCACACAGGAUUUCAGUCGGGGUCGGUCUCGGACGGAGCCCGAAGACAACCCUGUGCACAGUUUUCAGUUUUCCUCUGCUUUGAAAGAAUCAGAAAGCAGUUGUCAAAACUCAACAACAGGCUCCUUCGCUGUGCUUCUAUCUUCAUUUCAAGGGAGAGUGGAACCUCUGAGUCAUAUUAUUGUGCUUAUUUUGAAGCAUUACUAUGUAAGCAUAUGGAGCAGUCAGCUGAAGUGCACUUUACUGUAAGACUGUGAUGUUACGCAGAGGUCACUCGGUCACAGUGUGAGGAGCAGAAGUUAAAGAGUCAUGGAUAAGGUCACAUCACGUCUUCAUUUUACAGUAGGCUCUAAGACAAAUACCUGCACCAUGACUCCCUGUUGCACAGACACAUCAGUAACUUGGGUUAGGAAGAAAUAAGGAAAGAGAGUGAGUGGGGUUCUUAGGUUUCGAGUCGUCCUAAUUUUUAGUUCUGUUUACUGUGACAUCAUUUUUGAACAUGUAAUUUUUUUUAUGUAUUUGUCUGUUAGUUUCCUGAUGUGGCUGUUUAAAGUGUUAGGUUGUCUUUGAUGUCCAUUGUUGCAACAAAAAAAAAAAAAAGCCACUCCGAGUUGUUUUCCUGGUCAUAGGAAGUGCCUAGACAGCUGCAGCAACAAGGCUGCAGAGACAAUGUGGUUACGUUCAAAAUUCCUGUGAAAAAGUUGAUAAAACAAUCUCAACUCAACAGGUGCACUGUUUCAUGACAGCUGGGCGGAGGAGGAUUUGUGGUAUUGUCAAAAGCUUCAGAACAAGCAAGUAAGUGGACCUUGAGUUGAGUUUGUUUUUGAUAAUUGAUGUGACAAUGCUCAAAUCUUCUGAAAUAAUUUGGAGCUGCAAUGAGUAGUCGAUUAAUCGAUUGGUCGAUCAACAGGAAUCGUCAACGUUUUGAUUAUUAUCAAAUGAUUAUUGAAGUCAUAUUUCAAUAAAAAUUCUAAACUAAUCAUUAGUUGAAGUUGAAAAACAAUUUAGUUUUGCUCUUUGGCUCUAAAUUUAGCUAAACUAAAGCCAGUUUAACAAAGUGAAGAGAAUUUGGAUGAAACGUUAAAGGAAAAGUUUGACAUUUUGGGAAAUAUACUUUCUUGCUGAGAAAAUUGAUACCAAUCUCAUGUCCAUACACUAAAUAUGAAACUACAGCCAACAGCAGAAUAAGUUAGCUUCGCACAAAGACUGGAAACAACAUAGGUCUGUCCACAGGUAACAAAAUCCACUAGCUCCUGUAAAGCCCACUUAUUUGUUAAAUAUGUGUAAAAAUGACAACUGGUUGUUUUUCUUUCUUGGUCGGAACCAGUAACAUGGCAGAAACCUGCCAACCGUACGUAAAACAAGACUUUUUUUUUUUUUUUUUUUACUCUGGUUCUUUUCAGAUUAAACAAACAAGAUAUUUUAAUUUCUAAUUUGUAAGAUUUAGAGAUGCUUGGUAGGCAGAUUUUAUUAUCCUUGAACAGAGACAGUGUCGCCAUUUCCUAAUGUUUCCAGACAACACAGCACAUAAGUGUAUUUUCCAAAAUGUCAAUGCUUUCCUUUAAAUGCAAAACUUUCAAACUGCAAACCUGGUUAGACAUUAUAUGUUAUACCUCCUGUGUAUUAGUUUAAAUGCAGUAUUGUCACUCGUGUGUGCGUGCGUGCGCGUGUGCGUGUGUGUGUGCGUGCGUGCGUGCGUGUGUGUGUGCGUGCGUGCGUGCGUGCGUGCGCUCUGUUUGCCUCACUGGUUGGUUAUUCUCUUUUCAUUUCUUAUGGUGCAUUUCAAGUUUUCAAAUCCACCAACCAAAAAACGGUACGCGGUACACUGUGUUUUUAUUUUACCGUGAUCAAGAGAAUCUAAGCUGCCUUUACUUAGCCGAAAAGAUGAAUGGUUUAUACGGGAUAAUAGCUUCCAGAAAUGUGCAGAUUGAUGCCUUUUCAGAGGACAGUAAACCCCCUUAUCUGUGUCUUAGUCUUUAUCUAGUUUUAUGUGAUCUUUUAUGUACUUAAAUAAUAGUUGGCCACCAUAUGAGUUUUCAAGUGUCCUUGUUUACCUUGCACAGUACAGCUGCUUCAGUGAAGCCCCAGUUUUAUUGAGAUAAGAGAUCAGAGUAAUCCAUUUAACAGAUGUUAUUUUUCUACACGUUAUGAGAGGAAUUGUGUGUUGUCUGUUCAUUUCCAGUACCCUGUUAAACUAUUAGAAACUGCUGACUACUUGUGUUGUAAAUGACAGUCCACCUGUUCAACGUCAUUUGAAGCAGAACUUCUGUUUUGUUUUUGAUUAUCUCGGAGGGGGUUGGGAUGUUGAGGUUUCCGUCCGUGCUGCUGUGAUAACCAGCAGCAGUCUGGCGGCUGGUGAGUCAUCCUGGGCUCUGUGGCUCUUAUCUGAGUAGAGAACUUUAGCCUGUCGCUGUAUGCCUCUGGAAAAGCUCGUAGGAUACGCAUCCUGACUGGUGACUCAAUAAAAAACACUUACAUGAA